AUGUCUCUGAGAGGAAGAAAUAUAACUUCUGAAGCCAUAUUUGUACUCUUGGGCUUCUCAGAUUACCCGGAAUUACAGGUUCCUCUCUUCUUGGUUUUUCUGACAGUAUAUAGCUUCAGUGUGGUAGGGAAUCUUGGGAUGAUUGCACUCAUCAAAGUUAACCCCCAACUGCACACCCCCAUGUACUUUUUCCUCAGCCAUCUCUCAUUUGUGGAUUUCUGCUAUUCUUCUAUCAUUGCUCCCAAGAUGCUUGUCAACCUAAUUGUAGAAGACAGAACCAUUUCAUUUACAGGUUGCCUAGUACAAUACUUUCUUUUUUGCGUUUUUGUGGUAACUGAAGCAUUUUUGUUAUCUGCCAUGGCCUAUGACCGCUUUGUGGCCAUUUGUAACCCUCUGCUCUACACAGUGGCCAUGUCCCAAAAGCUCUGUGCCAUGCUGGUGGUGGGGUCAUAUGCAUGGGGAGUAGCAUGUUCCUUGACAUUCACAUGCUCUGCUUUAAAAUUAUCUUUCCACGGUUUUAACGUGAUCGAUCACUUCUUCUGUGAGUUCUCCGCACUUCUCUCCCUCUCUUGCUCUGAUACUUACAUCCACCAGUUGCUGCUGUUCAUUUUUGCCACCUUCAAUGUAGUCAGCACACUCCUCAUCAUUCUCAUGUCUUAUGUGUUCAUCGUUGUGACCAUCCUCAAGAUGCGUUCAGCCAGUGGACGCCGCAAAGCCUUCUCCACCUGUGCCUCCCACCUGACCGCCAUCACCAUCUUCCAUGGCACCAUCCUCUUCCUCUACUGUGUGCCCAACUCCAAGAACUCCAGACACACGGUCAAAGUGGCCUCAGUCUUUUACACAGUGGUGAUUCCCAUGUUGAAUCCUCUGAUCUACAGUCUGAGAAACAAGGAUGUCAAGGAAACAGUAGCCAAAGUAAUACAUACACUUUUCUUUUGCAUUUGA